AUGGCCGCCCAGACUCCCGAGAAGCCUUCUGCCCCGGCCACUCCGGCCCCUGCUGCUCCGGCCCCGGCCGCACCUGCCGCGCCCGCGCCGGCAGCAGAGGCACCUUCUACCUCCGCCAAGUCACAACUGAAGGCCGUGAAGUCCGAGCGAUCGGAUCUCAACGUCGCAACAAAGCCCAAGGAGGAUGGGCCUUCUCCCACUCGACUCGACGCUCUGCGCGAUGAGGGGGCAAAGGUCAUCGCAGACGUUCGUGCCAAGGCGGUGGAGGUCGCCGAGCUCGCGGCCGUGAAGGCUCAGACUGCGAAGGUGCGUGCGGUGGAGUCAGUGCAUUCCUUGAAGGCCAAAGCCGGGCAGAUGAGGCAAUCUGUCGUCGCCUCCGCUUCCGAAGCGAAGGACGCCGGUGUCCGUCGAGCACAGAUGGCCAAGGAGGCCGUGGGUGCCAGCUACACCUCCCUGCGCACCAACGGUGUGCGAUCCUGGGUUGCCGAGAACGUUCAGACAGCAAGGAGUCUGGCGACCGCUGCCGUACAGAAAUCGCGUGCUGCUGCCAUGCGUCAGGUCCAAUGGUCUGUGGACACGACGAAGGCGAUGACUCAGUCCGUGAAAACCGGCAUCCAGACACGCAUGCUCAACACCAAGAAGACUGUGCUGGACACUUAUGCCAAGGGGAAGAGCAAUGCUGCGAAAGCCGUUGACAACGCCAAGACAAAGGCGGUAGAGGCCAAGGACAAGGCAAAGGAGGUGGUCAACGACAAGCACGUGCAGGCCACCGCGGCUGGAGUCGUUGGCGGUGCGGCCACGCUUGGAGUUUCUGGAGGUGCAACCGGCCUCGCGGCAGGCACUGUGGUGGGAGGUGCCAUUGGUAUCAUCCCAGCCCUGUUCACUUUCGGCCUUUCCAUCCCGCUGGGCGCGGCCAUCGGUGGCGGUGCAGGCCUCGCCGUCGGUGCGGCUGCAGGCGCCACAGCUGGCGCUGUCAGCGGCGGCGCUGCUGGCUACGGCGCCUACGCCAAGCGCGGGCAGAUCAGCGAGUUCCGACAGAGCACCAUGAACAAGGCCUUCGAGUUCCGGCAGGGCACCGUGCACAAGGUUUCCAGCAGUGUGGAUGUCGUGAAAGGCAAGGCAGUCGCGUCUGCGCAGUUCCUCAAGGACAAGGCCGCCGAGGCUCGCAUGCGCCUCUCCGGAGCCGCCAAGGCAAAAGCUGCCUGA